AUGGCAGACACCGACGACAUCGAGCGCUCGGCGUCCACGAAGCGCUUCGCCGGCCCACACAGCGGCAAACACCCGAUCCCCACCAUCAAGGGCUACCGUGAGCACCGCAAGGAGCUCGAUGGGCAGAUCAAGGACGAGGAGCAGGCCCAGCAGGGCCCCGAGGACGAGUCCAAGGCCGUGCGCGCCUUUCACUCGGCAAAGGCCAUCUUCCAGGACGACGAAACCCCAAAGACCCGACAUGAGCCAUAUCCCGCCGAGAAUCGCAACAUGGUCGACAAGUCGGGCGAGUCACGCGACAACCUGGCGAUGAAAGCUUCGGAAGGCAACCAGCCUCGUGGGGAAGAUUCUGGCGAGCCCAACAAAUAUGGACAUGGCCACAAGAAGGACAAAGGCCCGGAGAAGUCUGCCACCGAGACUGCAGCUGGGGCUACCAAUGCCAGAGACAAGAGGAAAGCCAUGAAGAAAACCAAGAGGCAUGGUGCCGGUCGACAAGUCACGGAUCCUGUCACCCACCUGCCCAUCACCAUCCACGACCAGACAGAAAAGGACCUCAAAUCAGUGCCCGAGAACGACCCGGAACCUGGCACGCAUCACACAACUGCGACCGGCCCUCAGUGCCAGUCCAAGUCAGAGGAGGAGCUCGACCACGAAUCGAGGACCAUGCAACAUGGCUACAACGGCAUGCAGAGGCUUUUCCCACCGCCAGAUUUCGACGACACUCGGCGCGAACUGAGUGCGAUAUAUCAGCAAGCCGUGUACGCAGGCGCCGGAAUCAUUGCCUUCAUCUUCAUCGUGUCCACCCUUGUGCCUUCCUUUAUUGGUGCUCGGUCUCUGCUGCCGAGCUUGGCUGUGCUCAGUCCCCUGGCAGCGUUAUCUGUCAUUGGCAUUGGCCAGUGGGCAAAGAAGAAGACAAACGAACUCUUCGAUGACGAGACUUGGGAUGCUGCAGCUCGUGAGGAGCAGGCCAUGGUUCAGCAAGACGAGCAGAUUCCGGAGUCGGUGCAAUGGCUCAACUCACUCUUCUCCUCUAUCUGGCCGCUGGUCAAUCCGGAUCUCUUUACCUCGCUCGUCGACCAGAUUGAGGAUGUCAUGCAAGCAUCCCUCCCAAAGGUAGUCAAGAUGGUCUCGAUCGACGAUAUGGGUCAAGGCAGUGAGUCCAUGCGCAUCCUCGGCGUGCGCUGGCUCCCCACUGGAGCAGCGAGCCAGGAUGCGUCAGCAUCAUCCGAGGAUAUCUCAAAGGAGGCCAACCGGGACAACGAGAGCGCUGAGAACGAGCAAGCCAGCCACCAGGGUCUGCAGCCCGAGGAGGGCGACUUCGUCAAUCUGGAGAUGGCAGUGGCAUACAGAAGCCGGAAGUCCGGAAAGUCUAUCCAGUCAAAGGUGAAGAACGCCCACUUGUAUCUCAAGUUCUACCUGCCAGGUGGGAUAGCGGUCCCGGUCUGGGUCGAGCUGCGCGGCAUCAUCAUGACCAUGCGACUUCGUCUGCAGCUCACGCCGGAUCCUCCAUUUGUGCAACUGUGCACCAUUACAUUCCUUGGCCAGCCAAAGGCCAGUCUCUCCUGCGUACCCCUCUCAAAGCACAGCCUCAACCUGAUGGACGUCCCUCUCAUCUCCGCCUUCGUCCAAUCGUCGAUUGACGCCGCACUGGCCGAGUACGUUGCGCCGAAGAGCUUGACGCUCGACUUGAAGAGCAUGCUCGUGGGCGAAGACUUCAAGAAAGACACAAACAGCAGAGGCGUUGUCUGGAUCUACAUCAAGUCGGCCCGCGGUUUCAAGCAGGGUGACGGCGGACUAGGUCCCUUCAAGGAGGGCUCAAGCGACGCUUAUGUGACCGUCAGCUGGGGCAAGUUUGGCAAGCCUGUGUCAGCUACACGGAUCAUCGAGGAGGAGAGUGAACCCUGCUGGCAGGAGCAUGCGGCCAUCUUGGUCACACCAGAAGAGAUCAAUGCGGAGGAGAAGCUUCGUCUACAGCUUUGGGACUCUGACAAGUGGACCGCUGAUGAUGAUCUUGGCCGGGUAGAGGUUGAUCUCAAAUCGUUGAUGAGGAACUCGGAGUCGUACAACAAGAUGCAGGAGCGUGAGGACCGGUUUACUGGGCAAGAUCCGACCGAGAAAAUGCCUGGUUCUUUGACCUGGGCUGUCGGCUACUUCAACAAGACAGGCAUCACUCAGAAGCAGCUGGAGCAGCAAGACUUCAACAGAGAAAUUAGGACCAUGGACGAGCUAAAAGAACAUGUCUCCAAGACAGCCGAGCGAAAGCUUAGAGAGGCUAACAAGCCAGCUGACGACGAGGAAGUGCGACAACAAAAGGCCCAGGACUUCGCGGAGCUCGAGUCUUCAAUGAUCUGUGCCGCGCCACCAUGCUCAAAAAAGCCCUCUGGAAUUUUGAGCAUACAGAUCCACCAGAUCACCGGUCUCGAAGUGCAGAAGUUACAGAAGGAGGACAAAGGCCAGGGCGGCGAUCACGAGGACGAGUCCGAGCGUUCUGACGACAUGCCCGACAGUUAUUGUACAGUAAUCAUCAAUCACAAGAAGGUCUACAGGACUCGCACAAAGCCAAAGAACUCGAAGCCCUUCUUCAACGCCGGCACCGAGCGGUUCAUCAGCAACUGGCAGGAUACCGAGGUCAUCGUGUCUGUCCGAGACGCCCGGGAGCGCGAGGACGAUCCCUUGAUUGGCAUCGUUUUCCUUCCAUUGGCAAAGAUGUUUGAGAAGCGGAGUCAGAUCAUGGAGAACUUUCCCCUCGUCGGUGGCAUCGGAUAUGGCAGGGCCCGGAUCAGUCUCGUCUGGCGCAGCGUCGAGCUUGAGCUGCCGGCACCUCUUAUGGGUUGGACCUAUGGCACACUUGAAGUCGUCGGGAGUGUGAAGCCCAAAGGCGGUCUGCCAAACAACCUUACAGAGAACCGGAUCAAGAUUCGCACAAACAUGGCCAGAGCGAAAAUGGCAGCGUCCGAUGGCGAGUGGAAGACCAAGUCCAGGUCUGGUGAGAACCCGUUCUUGCCAGUCCGCAAGCGCCACGCCUCGGCUAUGGUGGUGGAGUUUCGCGAGUCGACUAUUGGACCGGACAAGACGACCGCAUUCGCCGUGUUGUGGCUGCACGAGCUGGCUGACGAGGAACAAGCCACCAAGACCUUGAAGGUGUGGCGGGGCUCCAAGCAGGGGCUCAAACGCGCGACCACCAGCUGUGACUACAAGGGAAGCGAGGAGGGUGAACAGCCUCUCGGCGAGAUCGAGAUGACAUUGAAGUUCUGGCGCGGGCUCUCGGGAUACCACAAGUCGUACGCCUCCCACUCGAAGAAUGGCGACAUGCGGAACGUUAUGGAGUGCCUGGACACCAUCACCGACGAGAAGUUAGACGAGAGUGACGAGGAAGAUGACUCAGCAGGGCAGUCUACCCCAAGCAGCUCCCAGGCCGAGGCCGACCAGGAGACGCGCAAGAAGAAACUCCGCGUCCACACGAACGACACUUCGUCGUCUGACGAGCACGACGGUAGCGGUAGCGACAGCGACUCUUCAUCCAACAUCUCGAUACCCGAUUUCAAGCAGAAAGUGACAGAGGUCCUCCGCAACCCGAUUGAAGGCACGACCGCAGCAGCCGCCUCGGUCCUGGCACCUGGCCACAACGACCCAGACGACGGGGCGCGCGGAAUCCGCGGGCAGGCACGCGACUACAAGGAUCACCACAAACAGCUGCACCGCAAACACCACGGCAUCAUGCAGUGGCGCGUGGCGCGUCAGCUGGACCAUGUGGGAGGCAAGGCCAGCCGGCUCAAGGGCUCUGUGGCGAACAUGUUCAAACACGACACCAAGGAACCGGGCAUUGAGACGGAGGUUUGA